AAGAUUGUGAAAUUGAAAGGGAUAACUUGAUCGAGCUUUGGAUGGCGCAAGGUUUUCUCCAUACUUCUCCCACGAAAAAUAUGGAGGAUAUAGGGAAUGAAUAUUUUAAUAUUCUACUGCAAAACUCCUUAUUUCAAGAUGCUAUAAAAGAUGAGUAUGGAAUGGUUACCAAAUGCAAGAUGCACGAUUUAGUGCAUGAUUUUGCAGAAGAAGUAUUUAAAUCUGAAAGCUUGACCUCGGACCUCAAUGAGAUGGAUGAUACAGUCGAGAUUCAGCAUGUUGCAAGGAUUUCUUCCACUACACUUGAAAGAAUUCCACAAGGGAGUGUUAGAAGAUUGCGGUCAUUGUUUGUUGAUGGCAAGGUCCCUAGUAGCAUCUUACACAGGUUUACAGGUUUGCGGAUGUUGAAUUUAUACAGGGCUAAAAUUGAGGAGUUGCCUAGUUCAAUUGGUGAUCUAAGACACAUGAGGUAUCUGAACAUUUCUGGGACUAAAAUAAAAAAACUCCCAAAGUCUACUGGCAAGCUCUAUAACCUUCAGACGUUAAGAAUGUGUGAAACAAACUUUCUUAAAACGUUUCCAACAGAAAUGGAAAAUUUGAUCAACUUGAGACAUGUGUAUUUCGAUAAGGUUAGGAAAGUUCCAUUUGGGAUGAGAAGAUUGACUGAUCUGCAAACAUUAUCUUCCUUUACGUUGGAUAAGGCGAGAUGUCAUGGAAUUGAUGAGCUGGGUGGGUUAAACCAAUUGAAGGGAAAGCUUAUUCUUAGAUCAUUGGGAUGUGUGAGGGACAAGGAGGAAGCACAGAAAGCAAAUUUAGUGGGAAAAGCAAACAUCCAAAGGUUGGAACUUCGUUGGGGGUUUUCCAGGGCAAGAAACGCGAAUCAGCAUGACCGGGAUAUACUAGAAGGGCUCCAACCGCCACCGAAGUUAGAAAGCUUAAAGAUUUUGAACUUCAAGGGUACCAAAUUUGCAUCAUGGAUGACGGGUGAUUUGUUGCCAGUCAAUUUAACAGAGAUUGAGCUAUAUAAUUGCACAGAUUGCGAAGAAGUCCCAACACUCGGCCACUUACCAAAUCUUAGAAGUGUUGUUUUUUAUGGUAUGGAUAAGAUUAAAUGUGUGGGAGUCGAGUUUUAUGGUUACAACUAUGUUAAGAAUGAUGGGGUGGCUACAACCAGCAGAAGAAGGAACCAGACGUCCAGGGUGGCUGUGUUUCCAGCAUUGAAAAGCUUGAGAAUUGAGAACUGCCCAGCUCUAAGUGAAUGGAAGGAACCGGUUGUUGAGGUAGUGUUUCCCUGCCUUGAGGAGUUGACUCUUAGGAAUUGUAUGGAAUUGGGAAAUGCUCCCACUCAGUUUCCGUCUCUCCGGGAGUUGGAAAUAUUCGCUGUUGAUAACAGCUUGCCAAUAGAAAAUAUAUGCAGUCAAGUAACCACUCUCGCUUCUGUCGAAAUAUAUGGUAUUAAGGAGCUUACUUGUCUGCCGGCAGGGGUGGUGGAAAAGAACCACAAUCUGAGGUCACUGGUAAUCGAAUAUUGUGAAAAGAUGAGGGAUUUGUCUAAUGCACCACACACGCUCCCUCUCCUUGAGAAGCUUAUCAUACGGCGCUGUCCUAGUCUUUUAGAGUUGACUCCAAUUACACACGGCAUACCAUGUCUCCGUGAAUUGAAAAUUGAGUACUGUGAGAAUCUGUCAAGCUUGUCUUUUGGGUUGGAAAAUUGCAACUCCCUUGAGACGUUGGAGAUUGCAAAUUGCCCCAGUCUAACAUUCAUUCCAAUUUCACCAUCCCAUUCUCUUCAGGAGUUGAACAUAUUUGGUUGCCCAAAGUUAAGCUGCAUUUCAAUUCACAGUCUGCCUUCCCUCCGCAAAUUAGUUAUUGAAAGAUGUACUGCACUCAUGGAGGAGGCUGGAGAGGAGGACGAGGACGAGUUGUCGUUAAAUGGUUGCACAUGCCUCCGUGUUUUGGAAAUUAAAGAAUGCAAUGGAUUCACAAGUAUACUGAGUGGACUUCAUUCCUGUACUAGUCUCCGCAAACUGUUUAUCGAGGAUUGUCCCAAUUUGAGGACUUUGUCGGGUCAUGGGAUACAAACCCCUGUCUCUCUUGAAGAUCUGAGUAUCAAGAGUUGCCCUAAUCUAGAGGCUGUUCCUGGUUUAGGCAACCUCAAAUCCCUUCGUCAGUUGCAUAUUGAGAAAUGUGGUGGAUUAACAAGUAUACCAAAUGGGAUCGCAUCCUGCACUUCUCUUGCCACUUUGUCUAUCAUAGGUUGCCACAAUUUGAUAUCUCUGGCAGAUCAAGAUGUGUCCACCUUGCAAUCCCUUUGCUCUUUAAAAUUGUCAGAUUGUGGGAAAUUACAAUAUUUUCCGAAGGGGCUGCAGUCUCUAUCUCGUUUGGGAGAGAUGUCGAUCGGUGCGUACUGGGAGGAGCUAGUUUCUUUCCCGGAUUUUCAAGUUCCAUCACAACUUGAAAAAUUAGAGUUGUUGGGAUGGCCAAAGCUCAAGUCUUUACCUCAACAAAUUCAAGACCUAACUUCUCUAACAUGUUUGUCCAUUUAUGGUUUUGAUGGAGUGGAGGCUCUUCCAGAGUGGUUGGGCAAACUUACGUCUCUUACACAGUUGCAAAUUCGUGAAUGUAAGAAUCUGAUGUAUCUGCCUACCAUCGAAGCUAUGAAACGUUUAACCAAAUUACAAGACCUAGAGAUUGAUUCGUGUCCCCGUUUGAUGGAAAGAUGCGACAAGAACUGCGGCGCGGAAUGGCCAAAGAUUUCCCACAUUACAAAUAGCAGUGUUUACUCGCAUGACGAAUCGGAUAAUCACUCGGAAGAUUCCAAUUCGACCCAUUAGACGCCUCAACAAUCUCGCAUGGUUGGAUAUUCAUGCUUUUAAUCUUUAAAGAGGAAUAUCUGCAUUGGCGAGUAGUGCCUGUCGAGAUGGUGUGCAAGAUUUACUCAUGCUUAUCGUUUCAAGUUUCACAUUUAAGCAAAAAAAGACAUUUACUCAAUUGGAACAACAAAUGAUGCGUAAUAUUUAUGACCAAACGUUGUCCAGAGUGGCUGGAUAACCUUGCAUCUCUGACUUUGCUGCAUAUGACGAGGUUGGUACAAUGUGAUGUAUCUACCUACCGUCGAAGCUUAUGCAACACCUUACUAAAUUGAGAGAGCUAGAGAUUGAACUCUGCCCGUCUAAAGGUAAUUAUUUUCUCGUAUCAAUUAUUUAGUAUUUGUUUGUUUCGAUGCUAUCUUUCUUUUCUUCAGUUUUGAACAAAAAUCUCCGUUGAUCAAGAUUACUUUCAAAUCCUACUUGCUUCAAGGUGCACCAUUGAGGACUGCGAUAAUCUGCUUGUGGUCGAAGCUAUGCAGCGUUUCACCAAAUUACAUGAGCAAGUGAUUCGUAGUUGUCCGUCUCAAGGAAAGAUGAGCCAACUGGCCCACAACAGCCCAAGAUUUCUCAAACCCAAAUUGGCAUAAUUUGUUGGUUAUCAGAAGGGUCUGAAUCAAUCGGAACAUCAAGUGACCUGCAAUAGGUGCAAACUCGGUCCAGCUUUCUAGGUCCUUAUCUGUCACAGAAUGGUUCUCGCCCCACGCUAUACUGAAACUUUGGUGUCGGAGGAAGGGCUCAAGAUGGCCUUGGAUGCGGACGAAAUUAUUCGUCGUCUCACUUGUUAGGAGGAAGAUUUGAGUAGGAGGGACAUGAUCAGUUGGAGGAAGCUAAACCUUCUGCCCCUGAGCUGUAAACUGUGGCUCAUGAACUUGCCCAUGCUGCUCUAAAGGAGAAUUCUGGUUGUCAUCGUUAAAUUCAUCAUGAUAUAUUAUGUAUUGAACCAGCGUUUCAAAAGGAACGUCACAAAUCCAACCCACCACUUUGCUGUGAUGUAUGGGAUUUGUAGGCCAAAUUCUAUCGUUACCACGUUAAUCAGCAUCUUGAGAUGUAUGGGAUUUGUAUGGGAAAGUCUUAAGUGUUAGAGUUGCCAUCUUUUAUAUUAUUCGCAUUGUUUGUUCCAGUUUUUGCUAUAAACCAUUUCAUAUUAAUAUAUUUGAUUUGUGUAUGUAAAUAUUCUGACGUUUUGUUUUUAUAAAAGGCAAUACUUUUUGGUAGA